GUGAAAAGCAGCGGCAAAAGUUAUCUCUCACGGUUACGUUCUCUGAAGUCCCAUUUCACCAUUCAUCACAGUAGCACAAUGAAGAGAGAAAGGGAUGAAAACCUAGACAGAUUAAGCGAUUUACCGGAUUGCUUACUCCUUCACGUUCUCUCCUUUUUACCCUCCAAACAUGCCGUUCAAACUUCCAUACUGUCCCCGAGAUGGAACUCUCUCUGGAAGCGCAUUCCAACUCUUAAGUUAAAUUCCUUAAUCUUUAGGCAUCUCAAGGAUUUCACCAAAUUUGUAACUCACAUUUUGUCUCUUCGAGACGCCUCAACUGCACUACACACUCUCAGUUUUCACCGUCAUGGUUUGAUCGAACCUCACCUACUCAAAAGGGUCAUAAAUUACGGUAUUUCGCAUAAUGUCCAGCAGUUAUACAUCUAUGUCAAAUGUGAGAUUCAACAUUUUCCUCCGAGCUUAUUUUCGUGUCGCACUUUGACAUCUCUUAGACUUGCUGUUGUACACCCUAAAAUUUAUGCUAUGAGAACAUUAUUUCCUAAUUCUCUGAAUUUGCCGUCAUUAACUGAACUGUGUCUGCACGCAUUCGCCUUUCGUGUUGGCGAUGAUGGCCGUGCUGAGCCUUUUUCGGCAUUACACAAGUUGAAUACUUUGAUCAUUGAUAAAUGUGAAGUACAAAACCUCUGCAUAUUGAGUACCUCACUUGUCCGUUUAACUAUAGUCACCCGUGAUUAUCCUCCCGAUGAUUGUGGUGAAAUCGAGUUAUGUACUCCAAAUCUUGGUAUUUUUACUUUUAUUGGUUCUCCUUUUCACAAACUCUAUGGGAGCAAAAGCAAUUUGUCUUCUAUUGAACACAUAGACAUUGAUCUAAGUUUGAUGUCAAAUUCUGCGGAGUACUCGUUGUUUCUACUCAACUGGCUGAUUGCGCUCGUUAAUGUUAAGUCAAUGACGGUUUCUUCACCGACUCUUCAGGUUCUUUCUUUAGUUCCUGACUUAUUCAAGGUUCAUCUCUCGUCCUUGUGUAACUUGAAGACGCUUAAAGUAAAAAAGAAGCAAUCUUCAUCCAUACCCGAUCUAGUAGUGGAAUUUUUACUUCAAAACUCUCUCUCAACAAAGGUUGAAAUCAUAGAUUGAUUAAGUGAAGGUCUGCAGGCUGGUGAAAUGAUGACUGAUGUUCUACUUUUUGUUUUCUCCAUGGAUUUCAACUGUGCAUGAUGAUUGAUCUUUAAACUAAUGGAUUAACAUUUUUGUUUUACUCUUUCGUGCCUCUUGUUUGUCUGAUGUUGCACAAAGGACACAACUUUAAACUACUGGAGUCAUUGUGAUGUUUAAUAUUGUCAGAAAUUUGAAUGAUUGAAAGGCUUGUGUGUGUUGAUUGUUCAUGUUGAACAUUGAAAGAGACAAUUCCAAGGGUUCUCACUUAAUAAUCUUAAUUCAUAU